AUGCAAUUUCAAGAGAGAUGGGGCUACAGAUACCAGCAGUGCCUAAUCUUAUUCCUAUCACUCACGAUAGCUUAUAGCUUGCGAGCAUGUAUGGGUGUAUCUUUAGUAGCCAUGAUACAACAUGACAUACAAGCCAAUGCAAAUCAUACAAAUGAAACAAUAGCAAAUAACACAGAGAACUCCAGAGAGCAAUAUGUAGAUUUGUAUGUUGAUGAAGAGGAUUAUAAUGCAAGAGGAUUUUUGAACAUAUUAAUGCUUACACCACCUUACCCAAAGUUGAAGUGGACUAAAACAAUACAAGAUACAGUACUGACGUCUUUCUUUUGGGGUUAUAUGAUACUGCAAAUUCCUGCUGGACAGAUUGCUCACCGCUUCGGUUCCACCUACUUGCUGUUCAGUGCACUCGCUAUCAAUUGCCUUGUGUCGUUGUUUUUUCCACUGGCAGCGUUUUAUGGAAGUUGGAAGUUAUCAAUAGCUUGUCGUAUAAUCCAAGGCUUAAGUCAAGCCUUCAUUGUUCCUUCAGUGCACACAACUUUAGGGAAAUGGGCACCUUUAGCCGAGCGAGGCAGGAUGACAGCAACAGUCUACGGUGCGCAAGCACUAGGAACCGUCCUUGGACUGCCUAUUACCGGUUUCAUUGCAUCAUCAAGUAUGGGAUGGCCUGGUAUAUUCCGUUUCUACGGAUUACUCUCGGGUAUUAUAGCUGGUGUGGUAUUGUGGUUUGGCGCUGACAGUCCAGCCAAGCAUCCUAAUAUAUCAGAGGCUGAAAGGUUUUAUAUAGAAGCCGAUUUGGGACAAAAGGGACACAACUCAAAU